AUGGACCACAGCAUUCUUGACGACACAUUUCAACAAGUAAUGCAGCCCUUCAUUGGCGAUGACCUCGACGCCACCAUCGAAAGGCUCAAAGAGGAGGUCGCGGAAAGCACCGUUGCUGGAGAUCCGAUAGGACUUCCAGAGAUCGUCCUCGCCCUCUCAGGCUUGAAGAGGGGGUCGCGGAGCACCGUUGCCGGAGAUCCGGGAGGAUUCAAGAAGAUUGUCCUCGCCUUCCUAGGCCAGGCUUUCAGUUCGUGGGAUGCUAUUCCGCAGGUCUUGCACAUCACAGAUUUCGUUGGCACCAAAGACCAAGGGUUCAAUGAAUUAUUCUUCGAAGCCAUCAGAAGUGGCAAAUGGUCGUCGAUGCGUGUCCAUCCUCUACUGUCCUCCGAGUGGAGCACACCGUUAUUUUUCCAUUUCCCUGUGGCCCUAUCAACUGCUGGGUCAGAGGCCGCCAAGGACUUGGCCCGCAAAUUCGAGCACUAUCGCUUGGGCGGCAAUCCAUCGGCCAGCACGACACGCCCAGAGCCUCUCUGGCUCACGGUUUCGUUCGUUCGGCAUGCACAGAGCCAAGCGAACAUCGGGAGUGUUUCGAUCAUAGAUCCCCAACUCACGAAUUUUGGGCGGAAGGAGGCCACCGAUCUUGGUGCUGAGUGGUCAAGCACAAGGAUCGACAAGCUGUACUUGUCACCCACCGCACGCACACGCCAGACCACAGAGAAACUCCUGGACGGAAGAGCAGAUGUAGAGACAGAGGAGCGAGAACUUCUAAUUGAGCAAGAUCUCGGCCCGGAGUACACCCACCUACUUGUCACUGGCCAGAUUGAAGCAGCCAGCAAUCUGAAGACCAACGGGGCACGACCUGGCUCCCGUCGCGUCGACGACAGGCGUGAAUAUCGAACGCCGGGAGGAGAAUCCCAAAACGAUCUCGCUCGGCGUGCGCAGCUCGCGCUUCUCCAAAUCAUUUUCGAUCAUGGCGUCCAUCUUUCUACACCUCCGACUCCGGAGUCAUGGGACGGCUCGCUGGUCGAGGGCAUCCCCCAUAUCGUCUUGGUCACCCAUAAUUUGUUCCUCAGCGAGCUCUUUGAGUCGCUGCUGUGCUGGGAGCAGUCGGGGCACACCGAGACUCUUAUCGAGUAUGGCAAUGCGGAAUGGUCGCGCCACCUUCUGCGCCUUGACUGGCCUGACGAUAAUUUCAGUUUCAAAAGCUACCGCGGGUCCUCGUUCGGUUUGCGCCUAGGCAACUGGUACAAGAUGUGGAAUGAAAUUCACUGA